AUGGACGAGGAGGAGGAGAUUGAAGGGGCGCCGGCCUUCUUCCACCGCCACCCUCUCCUCUUCUACUUCCUCCUCUUCCUCGCCUUCACCUACGCCUUGGUCUACCCCGUCUUCGCCUUCAUCCUCGCCGCCGUCCCGGUCUUCGUCCUCACCGCCCUCCUCCUCGGCAUCGUCCUCCUCCACAGCGUGCCCCAGGAUCAUGACCCGCAUGUCUACAAGAAGAUCACCCACCGCCCACCACAAUGCCAACCAAGCAGCAGUACAGCCCCCAUCGGAGGAGGGAGCACCAGACAUCACCACCAACCCUCCUACGAAUCCAGCAACCCCUCCUCCUCCUCCGCAGACGAAAAUGACAACCACCCACCCAGGGCCAUGUCCACCGCCUCCUCACACGCCUCCUUCCCCGACGACACCGCCGCCAACACCGAAUCUGAAUCAACCGACUCUGACCAUGAAGAAAAGCAGCACAACCACCACCGGUCCGACAAAAAGGACGCGGUGCGGGCCGUCGCGUGGACGGCCGAUGACGCCAAGAGCAUCGAGAACAUCGGCUCGCUCGAGCUCGAGAUGAACGCCACCGUCGAGAAGCUCAUAUCCAGGCGCCGCGCCCGCGGCCACCAGCGACCCCUCCACCAACACCACCACCAACACCAUCACGUCAUGGACCUCGCCGACGACCCGUCCAAGCUCAGCAUCGCCACCAGGAAGAGGAACCCCUUCGACCUCGACGGGCCCUACGACGAGGACGACAACUUCCCCGACUCCGCACCCUCCAUGCUCGGCCUACGCCCCUCGCGCAACCCCUUCUUCGAUGAUAUUGACGACGAUCUCCAUCUCCAAGCACCACCGCAGCCGUCGUCCAUCCCGGGGGCGGCCCAGAAGAACGCCAUGCUGUUCCGACGGCACGAGAGCUUCACCGUGGGUGCGCCGCACGUCAGCGACUUCCGGCCAUCCCGCUUCAGGCCCUACUUCGUCACGGAGAAGAUGCAGGGCCAGCCGGUCACGGUUCCCGAGGCCAGCCGCAAGAGCAGCUCCUCGUCCACGUCUUCCUCCUCUGCGGGUGCCACUGCCUAUGCUUACGCCUAUGCCUACGCCUCCGCCAACAAAGAAGAAGAGGCAGCAGCAGAACAAGAAGAAGCAGAAGCAGAAGCAGCAACAAUGUCGGAGGAGGUGAAGAGUACCGUAGAGUACAGCAGCAGGUCUCAUGAGGUGGCGGCGGUGGACGUGGAGCUCAUCAGCGACUCUUCCAACGAUGACAUGACACUGCCUGGUGGCAGCCAUGCCCAUAAAGAGCAUCAAGUACCGGUACAGCAGCAGCAGCAGGCGGCUGAGCAAGAGCAGCAAAUGAAGAUGGAGCAGCAGCAGCAGCAGGCAGCUGAGCAGGAGCAGCAAAUGAAGCUGCAGCAGGAGCAGCAGAUGAAGCUGCAGCAGGAGCAGCAGAUGAAGGAGCAGCGAAUGAAGCAGCAGUUGGCUGAGCAGGAGCAGCAAAUGAAGCAGGCGGCUGAGCAAGAGCGGCAAAUGAAAAUGCAGCAGCAGCAGCAGUUGGCGUUAUCAGACGAUGACGAGGGGGAUUCGUUUGAGGUGGAGAGCAUCACGAAACAAGUAGCAGCGGCGGCGGCGGGCAAAACCAAGCAGCUUGAGACAGAUCCUGCAUACGACUACAGCCCGUCAAAGACGGAGAAGGCAGCAUUUGCCCAGUUACCUCCUCCGGCGCCGCCAAAUAAGCUGCAGACGAUGCGGAGGGUGUUCUCAGAAGAAGACGCGGAUGAGCCAUGGGCAGCGCCGAGCGGAGUGGAGGAGACAGCUGAGAAUGAGGGGAGGGAGCAAGACCCUCCUCUUUCUGCUCCUGCUGCUGGUGCGGCCCCUCCUCUUUCUGCUGCCGCCAAGAAAGCUAUCGGCAAGUCGACCAAGGCGUACAAGCCGCCAACCAAGAAGGCAGUCUUAGGCUUCUUCCGCAAGUGA